AUUGUCAAUUGUCAUUGCAGAUUCCAGGCAGAAAAUAGUCAAAUAUAUGUUCCUAAAAGUAGAUUCAUUUUGUAUUAGAUUGAAAAUUGUUUUUAAGUUAAUAUGGAAUCUAUCGCAAAUUUAGGAAUUUAACUAUACUAAUUUAAAAAUAAAUUAAGUGAUGACGUCGAAAGAAGACGAUGUAACCUUAAAAGUGCAAAAAGUGUACAGAAACAAACUUUGUCUUAUCAUUGUUUGAGUAUUUGGUAUCUCCGUACUGGGGAUAUUAUUGAUAUGUCACAUUUUGGGGAUUUCAUGGACGGUGUGCCCGUUAAAAUUUCAGAAAAAUACAAGCGACCACCUAGGAUAGAGCUGCCGUAUAGUAUAAAUGAGUGUGCACAGCGAGCGCAAAAUGUUGUCGACAGUAUCAAAUAUUGUUCCACUUUCGAGGGUAACGUGCUUUCUAAACUUAAAGAGCUUCGAAACGCAAAGGAGACUAAAAAAAACGAAAGGAGACACCGGUUACAGUUACUGGAGGAAGCAAAGCAAAAAAAAUUAGAUGCAAUCGCGGCUGCCGAGGCCGAGGAGAAACUAAAGCAGUUAAGUGUGUCAGAAGUAUCCUAUCCUAGUACUGAUGAGAUAAGUGCAAUUUCUUCAGAUGAUAAAAUAGACAAAAACUGUGAAACCUCCCCAAUUGAAGAAACUGCCCUUGAGGUUGAUAAAGCUGUAUGUACAGAGCCAUAUGUGGUUACCACCCAGGAGUCCCAGCAGAAUAUUCUUCAGCCAGUGCAAGUGCAGACCAGCUACCAGCAGAAUCUUUUAGAUGAUCCAGAUCCAUUACAGGAAUUAAAAAUGAGUUCAAAAAUUGGUAAAAUACCUCAAUACAAUCAUAAUAUUGACACAUUAACAUUUAGAGAUUUUGAAAAUGACACAUCAAGUCCAUUUGAUAAUAUUGAACUGAAGACUUUAAAUGAUAUGGAGAUGUUAGCACAAGUGUUGCAAAGAGAUUCCACAACCAAUUGCCCUGUUCAAGGAGUUUAUGUACCGGAUCAAAGCUACACAGGGUACACAAACUGUGCAACACAAGCGCAAAUGGAAGGUGUAGCGUACUUACCCAAUCCUUACAUGGAACAGACAAUACAAGGUCCAAAUGCAACAUAUGUGUCCCCACAACACUAUCCAAUAUCCAACGGGUAUUAUAUAGCACCUGAAAAUGCGUGUGAAACUAUACCUAUGGAUAAUAUGAACAUGUAUAUGCCAAAUUAUCAGUACUAUGUCCCAGCACAGGCUGGUCCUGAUCUAUGUUACAGUAACCCCGCACCAACUACGAGUGAAGUCACGCAGGUUAAUAAUGGGUCUACAUUUAUACCGCAUCCUUAUUAUUUUCACUACCCUCAGGGUCCAAUGCAAUACACAAGUGUAGCAAGUUAUAACACAAAUGAACCAAUAGACCAACCAGUUGAUGAUCAGACAAUGACAGCUAGUUCACAGAACACAAUGAAGUCUCGUUCACGGAGUGUGCCUGAUAUAGUCAGAGAAUUGAAUGAGGAACUAGCCUCUGCGAAACUAAGAGCCAGCGAAAGGUCAUGUAAUGCUAGCCCUGCGCCAAAUGUUUCAGCAAAACCAUCUUCGAUCAGUGAAAAGAAAGAACGGAGAAAAAAGAAAAGUGUUAGAUUACCAAACCCUUAUGAACAAUUUCCAAUAGCAAAGAAAAAUGUUUGUGACAGGAUACAUGCUAUGGGCUUCCCCUUGGACAGGGUUGCUAGGGUGUGUCUCUUGGUUGGCGAAAAUGAUAAAAGGAUAAUAGAAUGUCUUCUAGUUGUUGGCGAGUUAUUGGACCUCGGAUUCCCGGAAGCUGGUGUUUUUUCUGCGUGCUCGAAACACAACUUCGACAAAGAGAAGGCUUUAGACGAACUAGUUUCUACGUAAAGAAAUUUCUGUUUGGACACAUGGAAAGAAUGGAUAGCUGAGUCAGUUUUCUCUUUAAUUAGGAAAUUGAUGUAAAUGUGACUACAAGAAGAAAUCUACCAAUAUGAGUAAUGCCGAGUCUUGCGCUGUGAAAGUAGGGGUUAGUUGUUGAUAAUCAAAUUUUCAAUAUAUUUGUUUUUGCUAUCGAUAUUUAGCAAAUUUAUGUUUUUAUUUCAGCAAUAAAUAUUUUAUUGUAAAGUCAGUGUGAAAAAGGUCGAUAAAAAUAGAUUUUGGAUAUAGAUAAGUGUGUGUUACUGUCAUCCUAUUUGAUUACCAUAGAGUAAAGAGGUAUGUCAGAAGGGAAAUGCGUUUGCACAGAUUUUACAGUUCAUAAAGUUUUGUGAUAGAUUUGAGAAAAUGAGACAGUAGAUUUAUCUUAUUUAAUUAAAAUUAUUAGUAAUUUUAAGAACUUGAACUUGUAUUUUAAUUUAAAUUGUAUUUAUCAGAAUUUUAUGCUUUUGGUUGUUUAUUUUCUUAGACUAUGUGAGAGUAAUGUGUAAAUUUUAUGGCAUUUAAAUGUAAUAUAUUUCUAUCUCUAAUAUGUAAAAUAAUGGAUUAUUGUGUAAUAGAUGUCUGUAUUUUUAAAUAUAAAGCAUAGAGAUAGCAUUGAGCUUGUUAAAUACUCUUUAAAACGAAUAGUAAUUUUAAUUUUUUUUUUCAAUUGUAAAAUCUAUCAGUCUAUAUGAAUGAUUCCUUAUUUUUGUCAAACGAAAUAUGAAACCAUGAACUGUUGAAAUUUUCAACAUUCCAUACAGAAGUUGUAUAUUGUUACAUCAUCUUAUUUGCCGAUAUCAGAACAUAAAGUAAGGAGACAAAUGCUCAUACAUUUUGAUACUGUUUAGUAUAUUUUAACCUUAAAUAUUUCUUGUAGUGGCGCAUAUAACUAUGAUAUAGCAUGAUGCAAGGACAUCACAACUUGCC